CCAGCAAUGAUAAUGUCCACUGGCUUUUCAGUAAUGGCACAAAGAUUACUGUCUUAUUAUUACCAUAUUUUGUCGAAAUAACGCACCCACGUACACAGUUUGUAACUGCUUACGAAGACAAAAUCGUGUACUUUGAAUGCGUUACGUCACCUGGAUACCCUGCGUCAGUUAUCACAUGGUAUAAACUGACCAAUCGAAAGGAGGUCAUUACAAAUGCAGGCGGUUCUUCAACUACAGAGAUGAAGGACAGGACAAUCGUAACAAGAAGUUGGGUGUCACUGACCUUCAGUAUUUCAGACGAUUGGACAUUCGUGUACUGCACAGCCAAUAAUUCUGCGGGAACUUUAACUUCGAGAAAUCGAGCUGCUGUUCAUGUUCAUAAAGUAACAGAUUCUACAUUAGCAAAGGCUGCGAUCGGGCUGUCAUCUUUAACUGGAACAGCAUUAGUCUUUUUUAUUGUCGGAUGUUUUAUAUUCAUGAAACUGCGUUCAACUAAAGCCAGUCCUCGAGAGAAUACACACGAUUCAGGACACGUGAAUCAAGCAAACGACCAAGGAAAGGACAAUAUCAGUAGCAGAGUUAAUUUGAACUGUCGGUUUUAGGGCUAGCGCAGAAAACAGCAGCUACUCGAUGUUACAAAUGUAUCAGACCACAACGCUAAAAGAGUCAUACGAACCUCUGCAGAUGGCGGGAGAUUUUUAGGCAUGUACUAUGUAGUCAUUGCCUUUAGUUGUUCAACUGUGUUGCCAACACAUGAGUGUUCAGCUGUACUACGUUUCAUGAGGAAACUUUUUCACAAACUCCGAAUCUUGCUCAGUUUCAGGUUUUUUUAUAUAAAAAACUAGGCCCAUAUGUGUAUGAGUUGUAAAAACAAUGAACAAAGUUUCAUGAACAAAGAGUAUCAUGAGUGAUGCAAUUUUUAUAUAAAUACAAAUAUAGAAUAGGAAUGAUGGAUAUAAUUUACGCGUUGGACACGUUUUAUUACAAAAAUAGACAAUUUCAAAAAAGAUAUCUAAUAGAUUAGUGUUUUUUUUAAAUAAUUUAUCAAAAUUUAGAGUAUGCAUACG